AUGCCAGCCUGGACCCCAGUGCUCAACCAGUCCGGCCCCGCAGAGUUCAUGUUCCGUGUGUUCACUGCCAUCCCCGAGCUGCAGAUCUUGCUGUUCCUCCUCUUCCUGCUGCUCUACCUCAUGAUCCUGUGUGGCAACGCGGCCAUCAUCUGGGUGGUGAGCACGCACAGUGCCCUGCACACCCCGAUGUAUUUCUUCCUGUGCAGCCUGUCCUUGCUGGAGAUCUGCUACACCUCUGUCGUGGUGCCCUUGAUGCUUUCCAACAUCUUUGGGCCCCAGAAGCCCAUUCCUGCAGCUGGCUGCGGGGCCCAGAUGUUCUUUUUCGUUACCCUUGGCAGCACCGACUGCUUCCUCUUGGCCAUCAUGGCCUACGACCGCUACGUGGCCAUCUGCCACCCGCUGCACUACAGCCUCAUCAUGACGCAGAGGCUGUGCGUGCAGCUGGUGGUGGGCUCUGUGGGCCUCGCGCUCUUCCUGUCCCUGCAGCUCACCGCCCUGAUCUUCACCCUGCCCUUCUGUGGGCACCACAGGGAAAUCAACCACUUCCUCUGCGAUGUGCCUCCGGUCUUGAGGCUGGCUUGUGCAGACAUCCGCAUACACCAGACCGUGCUGUACAUCGUGGGCACCCUGGUACUGACCGUGCCCUUCCUGCUCAUCUGUGUCUCCUAUGGGCUUAUUGCAGCCACCAUCCUGCGCAUCCAUUCAGCCGAGGGCCGGCAGCGUGCCUUCUCCACCUGCUCCUCGCACCUCACUGUGGUCCUGCUGCAGUAUGGCUGCUGCAGCCUGGUCUACCUGCGGCCACGCUCCAGCACCUCAGAGGACGAGGACCGCCACAUCGCCCUGGUCUACACUUUUGUCACCCCCUUACUCAACCCCCUGAUUUACACCCUGAGGAACAAGGACGUCAAAUGUGCUCUGCGAGGUGGCAUGGUCAGCAAAAGGUCCCCCGAAUCCAGCUGA